AUGGAAGAUCCAAAAUUAGAAAAACAUUUCAAAAGUCAUCGUAGUACUGUUACGUCUCUUAGCUUUUCACCAAAUUCAAAACAACUCGUGUCGGGUAGCUUGGACUCAUGUUUAUUUCUUUGGCCAUUUAAACCUCAAGUUCGAGCUUAUCGCUUCGUGGGUCACAAUGAUGCUGUUCAUUCAGUAUGCUUUUCUCCAUCUGGUCAUUUGAUUGCAUCUGGUUCGAAAGAUAAAAAAGUUCGCCUAUGGAUUCCAAGCGUCAAAGGUGAAUCAACCGUAUUCAAAGCACAUACAGCUGCUGUUCGAUGCGUUGAUUUUUCAAACGAUGGUCAAAGUCUAUUAAGUUCAUCUGAAGAUAAAACCAUUAAAAUUUGGACUGUUCAUCGACAAAAAUUUCAGUUUUCACUGAAUCAGCAUUCGAAUUGGGUUCGUUGCGCAAAAUUUUCACCCGAUGGAAGAUUGAUUGUUAGCUGUAGUGAUGAUAAAACAGUUAAAAUAUGGGAUAGAAAUACUAACGAAUGUAUGCAUACAUUUUAUGAACCACAUGGAUUUCUUAAUGAUGUCGCUUUUCAUCCAAGUGGAACAUGUAUUGGUGGUGGUUGUACUGAUGCGAGUGUUAAAAUUUGGGAUAUUCGAACACGUAAACUUAUUCAACAUUAUGCAAAUCAUGUUGCUUCAGUGAAUAGUAUUACUUUUCAUCCCACCGGAAAUUUUCUUUUAACGGCAUCAAAUGAUGCCACUUUGAAAAUAUUUGAUCUAUUAGAAGGACGUCUAAUUUAUACUUUACAUGGUCAUCAAGGACCUGCAACAACCGUAGCCUUUUCAAAGCAAGGCGAUUAUUUUGCAUCAGGUGGUCAAGAUCAACAAGUUCUUGUGUGGAAAACUAAUUUUGAUACAACUGCACCAUUUGUCGAUUCAACAAAUACAGCAAGUAAUAAAUAUGCUACUGGUAGUGAUGUAACAACUAACGAUUACAGUGCAACAUCACGCCUUUCAUCUGCAAAUAUUCAACAAAAUAAGUCGCAAAUCGCAUCGUUACGUGAAAAAUCAAAUCCAGAAACAAGUGAUGAACGCCGAGCAAGAAAAAUUGAUAUGUUUAAUGGAAAAUCUACAAUGCGUACAUUCGAUAAUGAUGACGAUCGUCUUGAAAUAACAAAUAUUGGGCCAGCUUAUGAAAAUGGCAUUGCUCGUUCAAAUAGUGCCUCAGCUUGUUUAAUUAAUUCGGCAACAAUGGCUAAUGGAACAAGUAGAACUAAUAAUCGUGCAACAUACGAUAUUGAAACAAAUGCUCAACAAACAUACGCACCACAACUAACAAAUACACUUGAACAUAUUGUUCAACAAUUAGAUAUUUUAACAAAGACAGUAGCUAUACUUGAAACACGUUUAACAAUGACCGAAAGUAAAUUACAACAAAUCAAUGAACAAGGACAAGAAAAUAGAAAAAAGACUUAA